CAAGCAAGCAAGAUCCAGUCCAGUGUCUCUGCGACAGCCAUUAAGCCUCUGGUUUCUGGGAGUGUGGCUUAGAUUCACUCAUCAAUGCUUACAAACCUCAGAAGACUAGCCGUUUUGUUUUGCGUUCCUCGCACCAAGCCCUACUCAGUUCUGCUACCCAACAACCCAAACUCUACGGAGCCACUCUCUGCGCAUCAGCUCAAAGCCUUGGUUCUCGCCCAAUACUCCCAUGGAAACUUCUCCAACCUCGUCCAAAACGUCGUCGCUUUGCCCGCCGUCCUUCUCACUGCUUGCCAGAACAUCACCACUUCACCAACCAGAGACGACGCUGACUACCAGGCGGAUUCACCCUCCAUUCUUCAUUUGGUUUCGAAGCGUUUCUCCAUCCACGAAAUGGGUAGGCAGCUUUAUCAGAAUCAGUUCGAUAUCGAAGCCUGUUGCGUCACGAUCGAGCCCUCGACUAAGCGAGGAGGUGAGUCUCUGGUUUUGCCCAGCUUGAAAUUGAAGGUUUUGAUCGAAGCUGUUCGGAUGGUUUUGGAGGUUGUGUAUGAUGAGCGGUUUGUGACGUUUUCUUAUGGAGGGCGCGUCGGUAUGGGUCGUCACACGGCGAUCAGGUACCUCAAGAACUCGGUUCAAAAUCCCAGUUGGUGGUUUAAUGUUAGCUUUGGUCGGGAAAAGUUUGAUAGUACGCAUGUAGAAAAAUUGUGCAUGUUUAUGGGGGAGAAGAUAAAGGAUAGAAUCUUAGUUGAUAUCAUUAGGAGGUUGUUUGAAUGCAAUGCGGUGCAAAUUGAAUUGGGUGGCUGUUAUUUUGGAAGAGGGUUUCCUCAGGAAAGUGGAUUGAGUUCAAUUUUACUCAAUAUUUACUUUGAUGGGUUUGAUAAAGAAAUUCAAGAUAUGCGCCUCCAGAAAAAUCAAGAGAAUCCUAAGUUUGAUCCAAAUGAGGUUGUUUCCAAAGAUCAUGUUUUUCAUAAGCCCGUAAAGAUGUAUGCAGUGAGGUACUUGGAUGACAUACUAGUGAUAACAUCUGGGUCUAAGAUGCUGACUAUGGAUUUGAAGAGCUGGGUGCUGAAAUACUUAGAAGGGAGAUUGGAAUUGAAGGUAAAUAAAGUAGAAACAGCUCUUCAUAGUGCAGUGUCUGAGAAAAUUGAUUUUGUAGGAAUGGAACUACGGGCAGCGGAACCUUCUGUUUUACAUCCUCCUAUGUCUGAAAAAGCUAUUAGAGCACGAAAAAAAUACCUUAGGCAGAAGGAAGUUAGAUCAUUAGAACUGAAAAAUGCAAGGGAGAGGAAUAGGAAGAAAUUGGGGAUGAAAAUUUUUAGUCAUGUGUUUAAAAAGUUGAAGAGAAGUGAUGGGUUUAAAUUUGAUUAUCAAAUCGAGAAUGAAGUCAGAGAAAUCUUCAACACUUGGGCUAAUGAAGUUGCGCAAGAGUUCUUUGGGUCUUUGGAGGAGCGUUGGAAUUGGCACAGGAUGUUAUCAGCAGGCGAUUUCCUUUCUUUAAGACAUAUUAGAGAUCAACUGCCCAAAGAGCUUGUUGAUGCUUAUGAUAACUUUCAAGAGCAAGUAGACAAGCAUUUGAAUCCAACCAAAGCUAGAAAGUUACUGGAGGAAGAAGAAAGGAGAAGGGAGGAGGAAGAGAAUCAGAAAUAUGCUAAGACCACAGUUGAGGAUUUGACAAAACUCUGUAUGAAAGUUGAUGCUCCCAUAGAACUUAUUAGGAAGACGGUUAAGUUGGCUGGGUUUACGAAUCAUAUGGGUCGUCCUAGGCCAAUCAGUUUUCUCACUGCUCUUGAAGAUGCUGAUAUUGUUAAAUGGUAUGGAGGUGUAGGGCGAAGGUGGCUUGAUUUCUUCUCCUGCUGUCAUAACUUCAAGACUGUCAAAACUAUUGUAACUUAUCACUUGAGAUUCUCUUGUAUAUUGACACUAGCAGAAAAGCAUGAAUCCACCAAACGAGAAGCCAUUAAACAUUACACUAAAGAUUUGAAAAUAUUUGAUAUGAGCGGAAACGAAGAAGUGCACUUUCCCACAGAGAAGGAGGUAAAGAUGAUGGGAGAUAAAAAUCUUUCUGUUGAUCCGAAACUUGUAGAUGGGGCUCUAUGCUUGGCUUUGAUUAGAUUGGCUUCUGAUGAGCCUCCAUAUUCAUGCGUUGCUCAUUUCUGUGAGAGAACAGAUACUGUUGUUUAUAGGGUGAGGUUAUUGCAAAGACAAUUGAAUGUGAAUCCACUGGAUGUAGAGAAAUGGAUUCAGGGGAUGGGUGUGAUUCAUGAGAGUCUCCAUCUCAAAUGCCUUCCUCUCUGUCCUCAUCAUGUACAUGAUUUGUAUAUGGGUAAAAUCACCCUUCAGGACAUUGAUUGUACUUCGUUUGUGGAUGUGGACUGAGUAAAUUUCAUGUGUAAGUCUUUAGGGACAAUUUAUAGGUGCAGUCCUUUAUACAUUUAUGAAGCCAUUCUUAUGUCAACUUCUUAGAGGUUUAUGGCAUUCAGUUCAGUAGGUCUUCGUUUUUCUUUGCUAUAAUCUGGGUAUUGAUCUGGAUAUGAGGAAAGACAUGGCGGCAUUUGUUCA